CUCUCUCUCUACACAAUAUUUUGUUUGCAAAGGAAGGAGAAUGGUAAUGAAUAUUAUGAAGUUGAAUGUAGUUAACUUUGAGUCACCAAAAUUCCCCUCUAUCCCUCUUCCUUCCGCUGCCAGCCGCAGUUCAAAGUUUAGGGUUGAAGUGAAGAAACCUUCUCACGUUCAAAUCACACACUCGAUGCCCCCUCAAAAGGUCGAGAUCUUCAAAUCUAUUGAAGGCUGGGCCGAGGACAAUUUAUUGAUUCACCUCAAACCGGUCGAAAAGUGUUGGCAACCGCAGGAUUUCUUGCCUGAUCCGGCUUCCGAAGGAUUUCAUGACCGGGUGAAGGAAUUGAGAGAGAGAGCUAACGAGAUUCCCGACGACUAUUUUGUCGUUCUAGUUGGAGACAUGAUUACUGAGGAGGCGAUUCCGACGUACCAGACAAUGCUCAACACCUUCGAUGGCGUAAGGGAUGAGACGGGGGCGAGCUUAACUCCUUGGGCCGUGUGGACGAGAGCAUGGACGGCCGAGGAGAAUAGACACGGAGACCUUCUCAAUAAGUAUCUUUACCUCUCCGGGAGAGUAGAUAUGAAGCAAGUCGAGAAGACGGUCCAAUAUCUCAUCGGGUCGGGAAUGGACAUAAAGACAGAAAACAACCCGUAUCUCGGAUUCAUAUACACGUCCUUCCAAGAAAGGGCUACGUUCAUCUCCCACGGAAACACGGCCCGACACGCCAUGGUGCACGGUGACAUCAACUUGGCUCAGAUAUGCGGCACUAUCGCCUCGGAUGAGAAACGCCACGAGACCGCCUACACCAAGAUAGUCGAGAAGCUCUUCGAGAUCGACCCUGACACGACCAUGCUAGCAUUAGCCGACAUGAUGAAGAAGAAAAUCACAAUGCCUGCCCACUUUAUGUACGAUGGCCGCGACGAUAGCCUCUUCCACCACUUCUCGGCCGUCGCCCAGCGCCUUGGCGUCUACACGGCAGGAGACUACGCGGACAUCCUAGAGCACUUGGUUGCGCGAUGGGAAGUUGAAAAUAUAACGGGGCUAUCCGUGGACGGGGAAAAAGCUCAAGACUACGUCUGUGGGUUGCCUCGGAAAAUUAGACGGAUGGAGGAGAGGGCUCAAGGGAGGGCCAAGAAGGCGGCAAAGAUCCCAUUCAGUUGGAUCUACAAUAGAGAAGUGCAACUUUGAUCAAGCAAGUUUGGUUCUCCCUUUAUACUAAUAUAUGAGAUACUCCAUUAUUUGUUUUUGUAAAAUUAAAUUAAAUGAUAAAAUAAAUUGCGAGUUCAAAUCACUGCAGCCAUGAAAAAAAUAUAUAUCCUAUCCCA